AUGUGCCACGUGAUCGUGACUUGCCGCUCCAUGCUGUGGACACUGCUGAGCAUCGUGGCAGCGUUCGGCGAGCUCAUCGCUUUCAUGAGCAGCGACUGGCUGGUGGGCUUCCCGCGUGUGCCCGAGCACCACCGACACGGCGAGGCCUACCGGCCCACGCUGGGCAUCUACGGCCGUUGCGUCAAGCUGCCGCACCUCCAGCGUGGCGUCCUGUGCGGACCCUACGCCGUGCACUUCGGGGAGAUCGCCAGCGGCUUCUGGCAGGCCACCUGCAUCUUCCUGGCGGCCGGCAUCCUGCUGCUGUGCGCCGUGGCCUUCGUUUCAGUCUUCACCAUUUGCUUCCAGAGCAUCAUGAAGAAAAGCAUCUUCAACGUCUGCGGGCUGCUGCAAGGCAUCGCCGGUUUAUUCCUGAUUUUGGGCUUGAUGCUGUACCCGGCCGGCUGGGGCUCGGACAAGGCCCGCCUGUACUGCGGCGCGGAGGCUGCGCCGUACCGCGCCGGCCUGUGCUCCAUGGGUUGGGCCUUCUACACGGCCGCCGGCGGCACGGCGCUCACCUUCCUGUGCGCAGUCUUCUCGGCGCAGGCCGAGAUCGCCACGUCAAGCGACAAGGUGCAGGAGGAGAUCGAGGAAGGGAAGAGCCUCAUCUGCCUUCUCUGA